AUGCCGGAGCGUACUCGCUGUGCGUUAAGGGAGAAGAUUGCAGGCCUAGAGAAAGACACAGUCGGCGUCAGCAGAAGCAAGCGACUCAAGAAAGCAAGCAUAAGCAACGUCCACUACAAAGCAAUGCAGGCGGCUGCGUGCGCGUCCCUCUUGAAUCGUGUCAUAUUGGACGACCAAGCACAACCGAAAAACUUCAAGAUGUGCAGUAUGCAUCCGGAGCCUGCAGACCAAGGGGAUGCUACCCGUUUGCCGGUGCCUCCUGUGCUGGAGUGUGCUGAAGACGCUGCUGCGAGUCGCUAA